CCGCCGCUGCGGGAGUCGUGUCCACCUGGUGAGGAGGUGCAGCGCGGUCCAGCACUCGCCUGGCCGCCUUGGGCUGCGAGGGAAAGUCCUGGCUGCGCGGACAGAGCUCCGGCCGCUCCGAGAAAGCCAUCCCGAUGGGGUUCUGCAAAGCCUUCCUCUCCUCCCCGUUUCUUCUGUGGAGUCAUAGUAGAGGGGUGAGGUUGAUGUUCUUGCUACUGACCCUGCAUUUGGGGAGCUGUGUUGAUAAAGCAGAUGAUGAAGAUGAUGAGGAUUUAACAGUGAACAAAACUUGGGUCUUGGCACCAAAAAUCCAUGAAGGAGAUAUUACACAAAUUCUCAACUCAUUGCUUCAAGGCUAUGACAACAAACUGCGUCCAGAUAUAGGAGUGAGGCCCACAGUAAUUGAAACCGAUGUUUAUGUAAAUAGCAUUGGACCAGUUGAUCCCAUAAACAUGGAGUACACAAUUGAUAUAAUAUUUGCCCAAACAUGGUUUGACAGUCGCUUAAAGUUCAAUAGUACCAUGAAAGUGCUUAUGCUUAAUAGUAAUAUGGUUGGAAAAAUUUGGAUUCCUGACACGUUCUUCAGAAAUUCUAGAAAAUCUGAUGCUCACUGGAUAACAACUCCUAAUCGUCUGCUUAGAAUUUGGAAUGAUGGUCGAGUUCUAUAUACAUUAAGGUUGACAAUUAAUGCAGAAUGUUACCUUCAGCUUCAUAACUUUCCUAUGGAUGAACAUUCCUGUCCACUUGAAUUUUCAAGCUAUGGAUAUCCUAAAAAUGAAAUUGAAUAUAAGUGGAAAAAACCCUCUGUGGAAGUGGCUGAUCCUAAAUACUGGCGAUUAUAUCAAUUUGCAUUUGUAGGGUUACGGAACUCAACUGAAAUCUCACACACAAUCUCUGGGGAUUAUGUUAUCAUGACAAUUUUUUUUGACCUGAGCAGGCGGAUGGGAUAUUUCACUAUUCAGACCUACAUUCCAUGCAUUCUGACAGUUGUUCUUUCUUGGGUGUCUUUUUGGAUCAAUAAAGAUGCAGUGCCUGCAAGAACAUCACUGGGUAUCACUACAGUUCUGACCAUGACAACCCUGAGUACAAUCGCCAGGAAAUCUUUACCAAAGGUUUCUUAUGUGACUGCGAUGGAUCUCUUUGUUUCCGUUUGUUUCAUUUUUGUUUUUGCAGCUUUGAUGGAAUAUGGAACCUUGCAUUAUUUUACCAGCAACAGAAAAGCAAAGACUACUAGAGAAAAAAAGCUAAAAAACAAGGCCUCGGUGUCCCCUGGGCUCCACCCUGGAUCCACUCUGAUUCCAAUGAGCAGUAUUUCUCUGCCUCAAGGAGAGGAUGAGUACGGAUAUCAGUGUUUGGAGGGCAAAGAUUGUGCCAGCUUCUUCUGCUGCUUCGAAGACUGCAGAACAGGGUCGUGGCGGGAAGGCAGAAUACACAUACGAAUUGCCAAAAUUGACUCCUAUUCGCGAAUAUUUUUCCCAACAGCUUUCGCCCUGUUCAAUCUGGUUUAUUGGGUUGGUUAUCUUUACUUAUGAGUUCCAAUUAAUAGGCAAAAUCAUAUGCCUGAAUAGAAUCUGUUAUAAUCUCUAGCACUUCAAUGAAAGGAAGUUUGAAUUUAAAAUAUAGGGAAACCAUUGGGAAAAGUUUGAGUAGUAUUGUAACUGUUUUACAGCAUUAAUUGGUAAUUAAAAUAGUAGCUUUUAGAUGAAUUAAAAUUAUGUGAAUCAGAUCAGUUGUACAAUUCUUUACAUUAAAAUACUACUACAUAUUACCAUAAUUUUACUUAUUUCUUAUUAGAGUUUUGAAUUUAUAAGUUUUGUCAUUCAUAUUCUAAUGAUGAGAUGGUUUUAAUAUGUAUUUUAUUUAAAUAUGAUUUGGUACUGUUUUUAAGGGGAAACUAAUGCCUAAUAUUUACAUAAUAAUUUUUGUCACAGAAAUGAUUGCUAAUUUGAUUUUUCUGGCUUUUUACUUUUUCUACUGUUUGGAACAUGGUUAGUUAAAAACUUAAAGCCGUGAUUUCCUUGGAUUUAUUUCCAAGAUGAUUUCUUCCCAUGAGAAAUUAUUUUUAAGUUCUGAAUUUAGUGUUUUUUUUUUGUAAUUUGUAAUCAUGUUAACUUAUGGAGUACAAAGUAAUAUGAUUUCUGAAUACAAUGUAGAAUAAUCACAUCAAGCCUGUUAAGAAUUAUAAAAGACAAAUGAAAUAGCCAAGUUUUAUCUUCUACUUUGGUCCAUUUCCUGAUAUCCAAUUAGACAUAUCUCUAGAUACAUCUAGUCUUAUGGUUUUUUUUUCAAACUACACAGAAAUUAAUCAAGUCAUUUCUUUUCAAUGCAAAAUGAAAAAAUCAGAAAAAUAUUACAUUUGACCAUUUUAUUUUGUAUCUCAGCAUUUAUGAAGGAUAAAGAGGUUAACAUGUAAAUAUUGCAGUCUACCAACUCUGAGAUUAAAUGUGGAGGUAAAUUAUCAAUUUCUCUUUAUGCUCCACAAGAUUGUUACAGCCCUUAGCAAAAACAUAAAGAAACAGUCUUUUUAUUUACUCACUAUGGUUAAAGAAUUAUGUGGUAAAUUCAGUAGCAAUUCUUAUUGAGUAUAUGGACUUAAAUAUUUACUAUUAACAUUUUUCAGGCCAAAAAUAUUUAGGAAACAAUUUUAGUUCUGUGUUACAUUUUCCUCUUCCAACUUCUAAGUGCUGGUUUGAGACAGGUGUAAAACAGUGUUAUAAAUUUUUAUGAUAUUUUCUUUUCUAAAAAAUUGGGAACAGUCCCCAAAAUCAUGAUUACAGUAAUUUUUUAUCAGAGUCAUCUUGCUUGUUGGGGAUGGGAAAGGAGAGUUCUCCAAAUUCCUAGACAGGAACAGAUAAAGUAGAGAUCAAGUCUCACUACAGGUACAGUUUAUCAGUUAAUACUUCGAGUUUCUAGAAUGUCUGUUUUGUUAGAAGGAGAUUUAAAUUUAGACUGCAACCAUCACAUUUCUGUAAGUUUUUUGAUCUAUCUCUUGUUCAGAGGAACUCCAUAAUCAUUCAUCAUCACUUAAUCUUGUGGAAAAGCACUAAAAAUGUUAUCUAUAGAUAACCUUUAAAAAUUGCUUCCACAGCCAAGAGCAAUUAUGAUCAGGGAUUUAUGAUUAAUCUUAAGGUUUCAGGAGACUAUGCAUUUGACAUUCCAGUUUUUAAUGUGAUAUCCCAUAUGAUUAGUGAACAUCAGACUGAGGAUUUAGAAUGGUUAUUCUGAUAUUUGGGGGAUGUGAAAGUUUUUUUUUUCUGUAUAUUAUAAAUAAGUUUCACUAUACAUUCCUAGCUAAAUAUGAAUUUUUCACUUUGCUUAUAAAACUUAAAAAAAUAAGUAGGAAUUGAAUAAUAGUGCCCAUAUCCACCAAAAUGUCUUUUGGAUGGAGAGCCAAAUUAAACUUUGGUUAUGUACAUAGGCACUUAAAGAUUAUUCAUGAAUUGAUUUUUAUUACAUAGAGUAUCUAUGUGAUACUCAUAUGAUGAACAUGCAUAUAGGUAUUAAUGGAAAAUGAAAUACCUAUGAAGAAUAAAAUACUUCAAUAAAAUAUAUUACAGUUAUUUCUGUGUUUUAAGCUAUAACUUGCUCGUUGUCACAGGGCAGUUUUGUUUGGGGCUCUUUCAAUUGUUUCCAAACAUGACUAUAUUCUAAAAUACUGGGAGAUGCUUGAAAUAGUCUUGACUUUUUCUCACUAGUGUUUCAUUAGUUAGCUUGGCUUUUGAGUGUUGACAACGUUUAUGAGUGGCAGCAAAGCUGAUAAAAACAUGAAAGAUUAUUUUCUAUAUAUUGAUACAUAUAUUCCUUGUAAAUACCAUAAAGACAACAUUUUGUCAUCAAAGCCAAGGAUGUUUUGAACAAUCCAGUAUGCAGAUCAGAAAGGGAAGUGUACAAAUUUUGUUUCUAAAAAUAAUAAUGAAAUGAUAAAAAUGCAUUGACCUUUUUUAAACAAAUAAGAUAAAAUUUAUUGUCGUAGGAAUUGCAGUCCAAUUACUAUUUGCUUCUUUAUUCAAAUAUUAGUUUUGCCAUUUUGAAGAAGGUUUUUUAACCCUCCUUUUUUUCCAACUCAGUUAUUUCCUAAUUUAUUGGAUUCACUGAGGCUUCUGUUUCCUCGGUGUUUUAAAUGUUUUUAACACUAAAAAGAUGGGUAUAAAGGCUAGGAAGGCUAACUGAAGCAUAAGAAUUUAGCAUCAUUUGCAAAAAUGUUACAUUCUUAUACAUCCAUCCCCUAAAUAUAUGGCCAGGAUGUAGAAGUUCUGAGAAUGUGAAAUGUCAUGUCAUGGACAUGAUUUUAUUCUUUUGGAUUAGCAAUGACAUGGUAGUAUUUUACUCAUUCUCGAAUUUUAUGGACAAUAUUUGACUUAUUGAAGAUUCCUAUAAUGCUAAAUAUUGUCUUUAAAAAGAAGGUACUUGCAAUUAUCUGAAAUUCAGUAUGGAAAUGGAAAUAUCCCCCCAGGAAAGGUAACCAAAUACAAAGUGUUGAUAUAAAUAGGGUUCAAUUAAUUGGAUACUUUUUACUUUAGGCUAAAAACAAAUGUCAUUUAGGAGUUUUUAAAACUGGUCAAUUUUAGGUCCACACAGUUUAUGUAUAUAAAUAUCGAGGACUAUAUCAGGGUUUCUUUUUCUUUCUUCAGUGUGUUCCCUUUGUCUGACAUCAAUGUAUAGCCAUAAAAUAGACUUUAUUUUUCCUAAAGCACAAAAUUGAGGGUCUCUUUCUUACCAAAAACUCAGCAUCAAAAAGAAUGGCUUAUAGUACUGUCAUCUUAAGGUGAUCAUAUUUGUAAACGUGAAAUUGUAUUUUGAGUCUAUAUAUUGUGACAAAAUGCAUCUUGUAGUUUGAUUAUACAAAAAUAGAACUUUAGUCCUAAGAAUUGUUUGACUGACAUUGCAAUUAACAAUCAGAAGUUGAACAUACACAAUCUAUGAAAAAACAUACAUCAAAUUAUCAAAGUUGUAUACCAGUGCCUAUUUUUGGUGUUCACAGAAUUUCUUCUAGAAAGAUAGCACAUUUGCAUUUAUUUCAUCUGUUUUAACACUGGAUUGGAACUGACACAACAGAUACUCAGUGAUUAAAAUCUAUCUCACUAGAAACAUUUUUUAAAUAGUUGCUAACCAAGCUAUUCCUUGCCAUCAUGAAAUUUUGUCCAGCUUGUUAGUUUUCUCUAACUCCAUUCAAAUAUAGAGAUCAGAUGUACUUUGUAUUACUUUCCUAUUUGUCAUCUUUUGUUUUUGUUUUGUUUGUUUUACUGCUCUAGAAACCUUUAACAGGCCUCUGUAAAGUUCCAAACCAAUUAUAAAGUCUUUAUCAAAGACAGCCCAAAAAGUAAAUUUUGUGUUUGCAUUUUAGAAGUGGAGUGACCUAAUUCAAAUAGUUACAUAAACCUUCUUUGUAGACAGUUCUGUUCUAAAUACAAUAGAGUCUAUAAAGAUGAAUUCUCAAGGAACAUAUGAUAUAGUAAUAGAGAUGAAUAGGCUUGGUUUUACAAUUAAGUGAAGAGGAUGACUCCAGGAAGGUUUCCUUACAUGUGGGAGCUUGAGAAUUCAAUGCAUUGAAGUUGAGUGAAAAGAUCAAAAUUUCCAGGAUGGGGGUCAACAGCCUGCUUAAAGAAAAGAAAGCUUGUGUUCUGUUUCAAUUGGAGGUUAAGAUUCAUGUAGAGACAAUGAGAGGUGAACCUAGAAAGACAGACAGAGCCCUUUGAUAGAGUGGCAGGAAUAUGAAUUUCAGAGGGCAGGGUGGUAUCAGGAACUCCUGAAGACUUCACAGAUACACUUGAGGACAAAGGAGCCAUUAUUAAAAUUGCAGUUUCCUCUCUUGUGUGUGUGAUCUCUGGCUUAAGAAAAGCUAUCUGGGAAGCUACUAUAAACAGGAGGCUAGGGUGGCUGAGGAUCGUUACUCUGAUGGCCCAUGUCUGCAGUGAAGCCGGAGGAAAAGUAGACCUGAACAAGAAAGAAAAGGGGCAGGUAUUCAGCCGUGAUCCACAAGCAACACUGAGUGGUGUGAUUGGUGUCAGUCAGCGGAAUGGGAACUGUAUUGAAUAAGACCUGUGUGUGAAUAGACCGUAAAAUACUACCAGACAAUUCCGGAUAUUUUGUAAUCUUGCUUGACAUUGAAUUUUAAUCAAAUGUUUAUUUUCUCUAUUGAUCUAUAUUUUGCCAUAUUAUUUAGAAUAACCCCCCAAAGUGAUAUUCAUAAUGUGAACUUAUAAUUCUUUUCCAAAAAUUUGUUCCUCAUUGAAAGACCUUCCUCUGCAAAUAGCCUCUGCUAUCUUUCUAACACAGAAACAAGCAUUUGUAUAUAUAUUUAUUGAAAAGGAGAAGAGAGUACAAUUUUGAAUAUAAAUAGGCACUGUGGGACCAGAUAAAUAAAGAAGUUAAUAUUUGAUCAUAGACAAUUUCUGAAAUACCUGUCUCAGAAUAAAUUUUUAAAAGGCCUGUUGGACAAUAAAAUAUACCUGAACUCUUUGUAUCUUUGAAUAGUAAAGACUGUAAUAUCUGGUUUGUAGUAAAGCAGAAAGAUAUAAUUAGCAGACUUAAGACAUAGUUUACCUAACUGAAAAUAGUUUGGGUCUCCAUAAAUCACUGUUAUGGCACUUAUUUGCACCCAUUCAGUAUAUGUAAUCAUUUUGUUUAAAAAGUUUUAUGGCUUGUGAUUAUAAUGGCUCUUGUUAUGUUUCUGAUUCAUCAUCUUGAGAAACAUUUGUAAAUGUGUGGCAAAAGUAUCUCAAUUUUCAAAGUAUUCUGUGCUGUUAUUAUCCUGAGUACAAAAUAAACGAAUAACAUGUUACAAAAUAAAGGUUACAUUCUCUUAAAAUGUA